AUUUCUCUUCAAAUAGAUUUUCUUUCCUCUUUCUUUACAAAUUGACUAAAAUAUUCAUUUCCCACACUUUCCGUCCGACCAAACAGAACUCAAGAGUCUUCUGGUGGAUCUAAUAAGAUAUACUAUAGUCCCAGUCAGAUCAUUCUGAGCACCGUACAGAGUUUAAACCAGCUCUAUAUAUAUAUAUAUCCUUUGCUUCCAGAUCCACACUACCACUCAGAUUAAUCCCAUUAGUAACUGUAUAUAUACAUAUAUAUAUAUACACACACACGGAGUAUAUAUAUAAUUUCAUUCUUUGUUUGUAGUUGAAAGUUGAAACGCGUAAGGUCUAUUCCUCCCAACUCUCUCUCUCUCUCUCUGUUUCAUCUUCCUCGUCUCUCUCCUCUUCGAAUAUUUUCUCUUCUCUCUCCACUUUUUGAAACCUAAAACUAAGAAUUAAUUUCACCAAGAUUUGAUUCAGAUACAAUUCAUUGUUGGUUUUUGAAUUAUACAUCUGUCUAUAUAUAUAUAUAUAUUUGUAUACACACAUACAUACAUAUAGGUAUUAUAUGUAUUUAUGAUGGAUCUCAAAAUAGGAAGGUUGGGUGUGUUGAUUGUGUUUGUGCUGCAACUGGGUUUGGCUUCAAUUUUUGUGUCGGCCAACAUAGUGUUCAACGUGCAGCACAAAUUUGCGCGGCGUGAGAGUUCAUUGGGUGCACUCAAGGCCCAUGAUGCCCACCGACACCGGAGAAUUCUCUCGGCCGUCGAUCUCCCCUUGGGCGGCAAUGGUCAUCCCACUGAUACAGCGCUAUAUUUCUCUAAGAUUGGCAUCGGGACUCCAUCGAAAGACUAUUACGUGCAGGUGGAUACGGGAAGUGACAUUCUAUGGGUUAAUUGUGUUGGCUGUGACAAGUGUCCUACGAAAAGCGACAUUGGUAUAAAAUUGAGACUGUACGACCCAAAGGGCUCUUCAACAGGGAAUAUGGUUACUUGUGAUGAAGAUUUUUGCAACACUGCAUUUGAAGCUCCUAUCUCUGGUUGCAAGGUUGGAACACUCUGUCAGUAUAGUGUUACUUAUGGAGAUGGGAGCUCAACUGCAGGAUACUUUGUCAAAGAUCGUGUACUAUUAGACAAAGUGACUGGAAACCUUCAAACUAUGUCGAUGAAUGGAACAGUUGCCUUUGGGUGUGGAGCUAGACAAUCUGGGGAGCUAGGUUCAUCUUCUGAAGCGCUUGAUGGAAUUUUAGGUUUUGGUCAAGCAAAUUCGUCCAUGAUUUCGCAGCUAGCUGCAGCUGGAAAGGUGAAAAAAAUGUUUGCACAUUGCUUGGACGGUAAUAAAGGAGGGGGAAUCUUUGCUAUUGGAGAAGUGGUGCAGCCAAAACUAAAUUCAACUCCAUUGGUCCCAAAUCAGGCACAUUACAAUGUUAUUAUGAAGGCAAUUGAGGUGGGUGGUGAUGUUCUAGACCUUCCCACAGAUGUAUUUGACACUGAAUCGGGGAAAGGGACUAUAAUUGACAGUGGCACAACCUUGGCUUAUCUUCCAAGGGAGGUGUUUGACCCACUAAUGAGAAAGGUUUUGGUCCCGGAACUUAAUUUGAAACUUCAUACUGUGGAGGAACAGUUCACAUGCUUUCAGUAUGCUGGCAAUGUUGAUGAUGGAUUUCCAGAUGUCACUUUUCAUUUUGAGAAUUCACUUUCUUUGACAGUUUAUCCUCAUGAGUAUUUGUUCCAAAUUCAAAGAGAUGUGUGGUGUGUUGGUUGGCAGAACAGCGGGAUGCAGUCAAAGGAUGGAAAAGAAUUGACCCUUUUGGGCGAUUUUGUUCUAUCCAAUAAGCUAGUUUUGUAUGAUCUCGAAAAGCAGAGUAUUGGAUGGGCUAAAUACAACUGCUCAUCGAGCAUCCAAGUGAAGGAUGAAGAGACUGGAGCUGUGUAUCUCGUAGGUGCCCACAAUCUUUCUUCAGCUUGCUUUCUGAAUGCAGGAAGGACUACUCUAGUAUUGUUGUUAUUGGCUAUCCUACUCAAUUUCAUACACUGAGUUAGGUUGAAAUGAAUAGAUAAGGAUCCAUUGUGUCCAUUGAAAAUGUGGUUGAUUUCAUUCUUUGAUGUCUUCAUCUUAUUUAACUGUGCUUCAGUCACAAGAUGCCCACCCCAAGUUAUCAUAAGCCCACGAGUGUUUAGAAAUGAUAUUGUUGAUGCCACUUUACUCUUUCGACUUUCCUCCCGGAAGGUAGAUGUAUCGGAUAUACAAAUUCACAGAUAAAUGGAUGAGAAAGAUGGCCGAAAACCGUGUUAUUUUUGGAUUUCCAUAGUGAUGAAUUUAUUAGUUUAGAAAAGAUUUGACUGAGGCCAUUAUUUUCAGGGUUUCUUUUUUAAUAUAUAAUUGGUUUUUAGAUACUGUUGUCAA